AUGUCGAAACGUGGCCGUGAGGAGGACGAGGCGGUUGAGGUGUACGCGGCGUUACUGCGGCAGAGCGGCUCACGUGCUGUGGAGAGGAUCCGACAGCGGCGGAGCGGUAUUCUCCCCAUUGACGCACUUGUCAUACGGUACGCAAUGUGGUACCUCGACACACGGGCCUUUCCCCCGUUUAGUUACGUCACUCAGGCGCAGCGUGUGAUUUCGGAGGCCAUUGAACGUGUGUCACAACCACAGCACUACGCGUUUGUGCCACUGCCGGCUCUUGUGGAGUCUCUCGUGACGGAGAACACGGCGGAUGUAAUGCAGCAGACCAUUGCCCACAUUGAGGAGUUUAUUGACGCUCGGGAUGCAUUGGGCCGGUGGAUCGAUGAAAACACCGGUGGCGUUGCCGACUACAAUGAAAACGAGGAAGAAGAGGAUGUGGACACUGCGGUGGAGUUGGCUGCCACUCUCUGGAGAAGUACACUUUUUUGGGUUGCUGUCCUUGAGUACAUUGAGGCCCUCUCACUUAGUAGCGCUAAAGUCAACGCCUUUGCGCUGCGCCCAAAGUACGAGCAUGCACUUAUGGAGCUUCUGAACUCCAUUGCCGCUCCACGGGUUGUGGGAUAUUGGCGGCCGACCGAGUGUACAGCCACGAUGCCCAGCGCGACGGGUACCGAUGGCAGCGCUCCGGGUGCCUCCGCCGACGUUUGGCCGAAGGGCGAACCGAUAAAAAGGGAGGUGAUGGAAGAAGACACCGCUGCUGCUUCUGGACCGGACAAUCCGCAGGAUUCUGAACCCGCGCGUGCAUUUUUGGUGAGCAAGCUGUUAGCCGAUUUAACGGCACUAAUCAACAUUCCCAGCGAUAGUCCUGCUGCUGCCGGCAUCAAUACAACAUUCUACACCAUGGUUCACGCUCGGUUGAACGUCUUGGCGGCGUGCGAUCGCUUGGAUCGAUUUAGUACGUCCGCUGCGGUGAAACCGCCACCGCUAACACCCUCGCUGCAGGCACUGCAGGCACAACGUGACGCCAGCACGCAGGCACGCUUGCAUCGGGAGGCGGAACGCAUGAACCGUGGGGACAUUGGCGUCCCGCUGGAUUUUGUACCAAAAGACGCAUACUUUCGGGCUGCUUUGGAGAAGAAUAAUGAAAUCUUGGGCGAGGAUGAAGAGAUUUUCGAGGACGAGAUUAUGGAUUAUUACAAACACCACCCACAAUCGGCUGCAAAGAGUCGAAAUAAUGUCGCACCCAUAGAAAAGGAUAAAAAGGCAGAGGAGCCCAUGACUCUUGUGAAACCGCAUCGGUUCUGUAAAGUGAAGACGGGUUACACAUGGACCCAGUACAACCGCACGCACUACGAUGCACGUACAAAUCCUCCACCGAGAAGUGUACUUUGGUAUGAGUUUACCCUCUUUUAUCCUGCGCUUGCCAACACGAAGCGUGACAUGAGCCGCAUUUACCGUAUUGAGAAUACAUUGAAAGGGCCAAACGAUGAUUACUGCAUAUUAGUCUUUUCCGUGGGUCCACCGUAUGCGGACGUUGCGUAUCAGAUUGUGCGGAAGCAGUGGGAUCCACGGCCUGGUGGUGUCAGGGCGAGUUUUGAUGACACAGGCACAUACAGAUUGUUUUUCCGCUUUACGAACAGCAAUUACCGGCGUUGA